CCCAAUACAUAUCCCAUCUUAAAUCCCACAUAAUCCCUCAUCUCAUACACAUACCUUCGACACCAUGCGAGCCCUCUUUAGUAUAACAACCCUCCUGGCAAUAUGCACUACAGCCACCACCACCACCACCCUCUCAAAGCCCUCUAAACAACAACCCCAGCCCCGCUUCAACUGGCUAACCACCAAAUCCACCGGCGUGAACCUAGGCGGGUGGCUCGUCCAAGAAGCCUCCCUCGACACCACCUUCUGGGAAACACACGCCCCCAAUGCCCCGGAUGAAUGGACACUCUGCCAAUCCCUAGGCCCGGCUCAAUGCUCCUCAGUCCUCGAACAUCGCUACUCCACCUUCAUCACAACAUCUACAAUCGACACCCUCGCCGCCGCGGGGAUAUCCCUCCUGCGCAUCCCCACCACCUACGCAGCCUGGAUAAACCUCCCCGGCUCGGGCCUCUACUCGGGAAACCAGACAAUGCAUCUCCGCCGGAUAACGGAGUAUGCGAUUGACAGGUACGACAUGCACAUUAUCAUCGACGUCCACAGUCUGCCUGGCGGGUUGAAUGGGCUGGAUAUCGGCGAGGCGGUGGGGCAUUGGGGGUGGUUCUAUAAUGAGACGGCGUGGGGUCACUCGCUGGAUGUUGUUGAUAGGGCUGUGGAGUUUAUUGCGGCUUCUAGUCGCCCGAGGGCGUUUACGUUUGAGGUUAUGAAUGAGCCGACGGAUCGGAAUAAGGAAAGUGAUUUGGGGAUGAGUGCUUUUGGGACCCCCGCAGCGGUAUCGGAUUCUGCGGCGGCGUAUCUUGUGAAGUUUUGGAGGGCCGUUCUGGAGAGGGUGAGGACGAGGGAGGGUGAAGCUGAGAGUGAAGAUUUGACGGUUGGUGAUAUCCCUGUGAUGUUUCAGAGCUUCAAGCUUCCGGAUUACUGGAAAGGGAAUUUCACUGCGGACGAGAAUGUCGUUUUUGACAUGCACAAUUACUACUUCGAGGGCAGGAAUACGACGUCCGAGAAUCUGCCCGAGUAUAUGCUUUCUGAUGCGGAGAAUAAGUCUGGCGACGGGUCGAUCCCGGUCUUCGUUGGCGAGUGGGCGAUCCAGACGGCAUAUAAUAACAGUUUUGCGCUGAGGGAGAGGAACGUGAAGGCUGGGCUGGCAACCUGGGAACAGUAUACGCAGGGCAGUGCUUACUGGUCUGCGAGAUUUGAGGGGAAUGACACGUUGGAUGGAAAGGGGACCAAGAAGGAUUAUUGGAGCUUUGAGAGGUUCAUUGACCUAGGGUUCUUUGAUUGAUUGAACUUUCAAUUCGAUAUUGAUUUCCUUGCUGCAUAUCAGUGGUAUAUAGCCAUAACCGAAGCAUAACAUACAAAUAAAGCUCGCGUCAGGCAAAUGCACCCCGCUCCAAUGCAGGAAAGAAAAUCAGUUCACAACGCAUCAAAGGCUCAUAUAGCUAACAAGAUGACGAAACUAGAAAUGGUAUAGCUGCUCUUUCCUUUCUCCUAUUUUAUUUGCGUUUUCGUAAACGGCGAUUAGCCCAGCGCAAACCAUGUCACACUCACAACGACGUCCAGCCCCUUGGCUUCGGCGGCGGGGUAUUUGAAGGUCCACAUUCCAUCGCGGUUGACGUCCCAGUAAGCACCGGAGGCAGAGUGCAUACCGCGUUUUCCGGUGUUGGCGGCCGAACCGUCCGCUGCCGAGGAUUUAUCAAUCAAGCCUUGUUGCACGAUGGUGCUGUUCACGGUGAACCGGAAUGGAGGCGGGGUGUUAGGUGUGGAGGGUGUGGU